CCACGACAAAACCACCAGACCACCUCCGCCGCUCCGCCGGGAGCCGAGCGGACGCUCCGUCGACAUGCCGGACUCGGACAACUUCUCUUUGAGUGGUUUGCUGGAUGAGCUGGAGCAGGAGUUGGAAGCCAAGGAGUCGGAGAAGGACAAGGCGAAGGUGAACGAGAAGCCCGAGAAGGUGGACGAAGCCAAGGAGGACUGGAAUGGCCUUUUGCAGGGCUUGGAGCCCAAAGAGCACCAGCCCGCAGGAGAUUCCACGCGCGCGGCCUCUUCCGGCACCGCGCAGCAGCCCAGUGCGGGCACCAUUCAGCGGAAGUUCUCCUCGGAUCGAAGACCCAGCGAGCGCAUUCAGAACGAUCAGCCGGCCCUCCCGGUGGAGCGCCCGUGGCGUCCCACCGGAGCCAAGUCGUCCACGGCGGCGGGCGUGAGCUUGGCAGUGGAUGCCAACACGGCCUGCCGGAAGUACAUGGAGGAUGGUUCCAAAAUCCUGGACCCCUUCGACGCUUUAGCGGGCGCCAGUCCGGGCGCCAGUGGCGGCACCUGGGGCUUCUUCGCGGUCUAUGAUGGCCACGGCGGCCGGGAGGCCGUGGAGUACUGCGAACUGCGGCUCCAUGAGCAGGUGGCGCAGGAGAUGAAAACGCUGGGGCCUCAUGAGGCCUUGAAGGCGACCUUUCAGAAGAUCGACAGCCAGCUGGGCAUGUACGGCGCCUGGAACCACGGCACCACCGCCACCGUGGCGCUGCUUUGCCGCCGCGAGGGCACGCGCGAGGGUGAGCUGUAUGUGGCGCAUGUGGGCGAUUCGCGAGCUGUGCUCAUCCCAAAGGUGGACAGCUGCCGCUCCCUGACGCGCGACCACCGCCCAAGCGACCCAUUGGAGGCGGAGCGCGUGCGCGCCGAGGGCGGCCGCGUGACCGAGGGCCGCGUGGGCGGCGACUUGGCCAUCAGCCGGUCGCUGGGCGAUCAUCGCUUGAAGGGGAAAGGUGUGAGCCCAAUGCCAGAGGUGACCAGUAUGAAGAUCGCCGACGGCCAGGUCUUGAUUUUGGCCACGGAUGGUCUAUGGGACGUGGUCACUGAAGAGUUGGCUUGUGCCUUGCUGGAGAAGUCCAUCAAGGAAGCCACAGGCGGCGGGUCUGCAAAUCCCAAGGAGGUGCUGGAACGACUGGAGCGAGUCUGUGCUCAGCAGUUGGUGGAUGAAGCCAUCCGGCUGGGAUCGCGGGACAACGUCCUUGCACUGUGCAUCUUCCUCUGACACAGCGAUGAUUUGCCAACCCCCCAGCGAAGCCAGUCGUUUGGUUCGGCUGUUUAAUGCAGUAGAUGUUGAAAACAGAAGAGGCUUCAGAGGUUGGUGACAGGAUGUUGGAUGAUUUUUAGAAGAUGACGACGAUGAUGAUCAUGGAUGAUUUCUGAUCUACUUUGAUGAUGUUUGGUUGCAACCUGCCAAGAGCUUGGCACUGGUGGAAGUAGCCCGAAGAAGACAAGUGCUAUCAAGUGCUAUUUGCCAUCCCCGAACGUGACCUCUACUGCUUCUACUGCUUUGGACCGAAGACCCAACACAGUGUUCAUGGG